GAGUCAAAGACCCCUCUUCUCCAAAACGUGAGGUUGCCGUACAUGCUAAUGCUAAUGCUAUUUCUGGUGGAAUCUUUUAAACGGGUCUUACUGUACGGCCUCAGCCCUGUCUCUCAAGCAUUGGGUGGCGACACUGCUCACCACCUCAACCUCAAGCGAGUAUGCUUUUAUUUUUGCAUCCCAGCGAGUGAGACCUCCGCGAUCGAUCUUCUUCACUUCACUUCACCCUCUCCGAAAAACCACCGUCUUAAAAAACAAAUAAAAAAAACUCCCAACGUAUUAAAUAAAAAGGUUUCGACUUUCGAGCAGUAAAAUGAUGUGAUAUUUUGAUCUUGAGAUAAGCGCUCGCUUGCUUUGCCGAAUCGCUAUUCAUCGCUUUAUUCGUUUCUCAAACUUUCUUGACUUCUCCAUUUCUUUGUUUUGGAAGUCGAAGAAGAAGAAGAAGAAGAAGGCUGCCUAGAAGCUUCAGAAAUCUGUGUUGACUGGUUGAAGAAGAGAAUCUCAAGGCCCGAUUUUUUCUUGAGACUUGGCCCCCGCGAUUAUCGGGAUAUUAGAUAGGGCAAUCUAUAAGAUAUUUUCCCUAAAAUGGCAACGCAGAAAGAAGCAGAGACCGCUGAAACCCUAGCGGCUGGUUUUACUGAACUGACCAAUCCCAAAACCCCCCCUGCUGAUAAUGGAAAUUUGGGCAGUGAUUGUGGUGUUCAAAAUGGGGACUCUGUGAAUGAGUUUGUUGGUGAUGGGAUUUCUCUUUUGGUACAAGUCCAUGGUACAUUGGAGACUGAGAAAGAGCAAUUGGCACUUAGAGGAAAUAAUUCUCCUGUUUUGAAGAACGGGGAUGGGGAUUCUACUGAGGAGAAGCCACAAACUGAAGCUAUUAAUGAGGAUGAAAAAUCAGGAAAUGAAGCUGAUGAUGAUGAUGAUGAUGAGAGAAAUGAUAGUGUUUCUGAACACACCUAUUCUGUAGGUGACUAUGUUUGGGGUAAAAUCAAGAGUCAUCCAUGGUGGCCUGGCCGGAUUUACGACCCAUCUGAUGCUUCUGAGUUUGCGGAGAAGUACAGGCAGACGGGUAGGCUCCUCGUGGUUUACUUCGGGGAUGGCUCUUUCUCUUGGUGCCUACCAUCGCAGCUGAAGCCCUUUGCUGACAACUUCGAGGAGAUGUCGAAGCAGAGCAGUAUUAGGAGUUUCCUUAAUGCGGUGGAUAAGGCUCUCGAUGAAAUUGGCAUGUUGUUGGUGUUGGGAAUGACUUGCCAAUGUAUACCACAAGAGCACAUUGAUGGACGUAGUUGGCCCCUGGCAAUGAACGCUGGAAUCAAGACGGGAGUUCUCGUACCAAAAGGAGACACCCGUACGCUUUUGCUUCCUAGUUAUGACCCUCGGCUGGUAGUUUUAAAGUUGAGGGAUCUUGCACGGACCACUUCUGUUCCCAGUAGGCUCGAGUAUGUUGCCCUGACUAGUUGGCUAUCUGCUUUCUAUAGGUCAAAAGGGGGUUGCCGAUUAUCUGUGUAUUGUGAGCCUGGUCUAAUUGAAGGCCUGGAGGAUAAGACCAGAAAUCAUGCUGUGGAUGGAACUGACCUCAAUGUUCCAAUUGAGGUACCUAUCAAGGGUCCCCUGGAAGACGAACAGGUUUCUUACCGAAAUACUGGCCCUAUAAAUUGUCCAGUGCUUGCUGAUGAUAAUCUUUACCACCCUAGGAAACAGAAAAGCGUGGCUGAACUAAUGGGAGAAAAUGUCAGGUCCGAUGUUGGAAAUAACAGCGAUGGUGGGGGUGUUGCUCAGGUUACUGAAACGGGUAUUAAGGAAUGUAGGAAGGAGACCGACUGCUAUAGUUCAGCUAAAAUUGCAAAGAAAAGGAGGAAUCCUUUGUUCAUUAAAUGCAGUGAAAAUGGUUCUCGGAACAAUGUAGGAGAGGCCAAAGAAGAAGCUGAAAAGAGUCCUGCUUCAAGGGAAAGGAAAAAGAGCAAGUAUCUAUCACCUCCAUAUACAAGCCCUAGGUGGAUUACUGGGAGGUCGAGUGCUAAGAGAGAAUUUGAAGCAGAAUCUGAAAAAAUUUCCAAAACUGCUAGAGUUGGCGAGCAGAUGAAGCCUGCUGCAGAAGAAGUCGUACCAGUUCCUAUUUCGGGCCAUAAUUCCGAGGAAAUGAAGGAAAAGGUUCUGGAACAACCUGAUGAUCUUGACAUGGAAACUCAAAUUGGCAAAGAAAAUCAUGAGAAGAUACCUGGAACCGUUUAUAUGAAUGCAUCUAUAAAUCAAGUCUUAACAGAGUUUCAAUCUACUGCCAUUGACCCUCUAUAUUCAAGCAACUCUGGAACCCUUGAUAUGGUUAGAGAAUUUAUUAGUGCAUUCAGGAAGUCGGUCUAUUUAAAUCGAACAAACUACAAGGUGCAUAACAGUAGGCAAUCUGGGAGGAAGAGAAAAUCACUGUGCUCCCCGAUAGAAAACCAUGUAGAUGUACCGAGUGCAACUAAUGCUAAGUCACAGCAACGAAGAAAGCGGACUAAACUGGCCAAGGCAGAGACAUCUGAGCUCAAGAAACCCGCUUCAACAUCUUCUGGGGAAGCAGAAGAUAAGGAAGCUACCAGAAAAUCCCUCAUCGUAACAUUUUCACCUGGCUAUCCUCUGCCAUCUAAAGAAGAACUUGUUAGAAUAUUCAGCAGGUAUGGUGACUUGAAUGAAAAGGAAACUAAUACCUUCUAUAAAUCUAACUGCGCUCAAGUUGUCUAUGAGAAUGGCUCUGAUGCAGAAGCGGCCUUCAAGAAAUCUGUUAAGCAAAGCCCAUUUGGCGCUGCCCAUGUUAACUACAGGCUACGUUACUCUCCACACAAGCAGGAUCCCAGAGUCUUGCUCGACUCGCAGUUGGAACAUGAUGAUGCUUUGGAGUUUGGUUCAAUCAAGCAGAACCUCAACAUUCUGAAAUCUAUGCUGAGAAAGUGUAAUGGAAAAAUAUCACAAGAGGAGAAAUUUGACCUGGAGGGUGAGAUCAAGGGACUGCUGGAGAAGGUGAGCACAAUGGAUGUUGUAGCCCCAUAAUAUAUAUAUAUAUAUAUAUAUAUAUAUAUAUAUAUAUAUAGUACUUAGUGCUACCUUUUUGUGUCAAUGAUGGACAUUCAAAUAAUCAGAUGACUUCUUAGACUCUUGUGUUGAAGUAGGGAUGGAUAGUUUAUUUAUAUAGGAUGGUAGAUUGGUAUAUGGCUUCAUGAACUUUCAGGACAGUUGUAACUAGUUUCAUAAGAUAUACUUUACUGCUCUUUAGAAGCUAGUUAUUAUUACUCUAAAAUGAUGGCUGUAAUGCUUGUGUGGUUUUGAAUCUUCUUCCCCUGAUCUAUUGAUGAGAUUCUCCCUUGUAGUA